CGCCAUUUCCGAUCUGAUGUCAUUGCCGAACUCUAUCGCUGUUUUAGUUUUGUGAUUUGUAUAGCUAUAUGAAGAAAAAAAAAAUAGUUUUAAAAUUUUCCGUACACUUCAUUUCGUCGACUUUAGCAAAGAGAAGAUUGAUAAGAAAGCCUCCAAAUAAAGCACUAGACUUACUGAAGAAAAUACUCCAAGCGCACUAAAUAAGCGACAGUAUAAUUUCCAAUGUGAUCUUCUUCUUCGUGACAACUUGACAAAGAUGGCAUCAAUGAACAACGCUGUGUCAACAUCGUUGUGUGGUCCGUAUUUUCAUUCCAGGGAAGACGCAGAUUUUAUUGGGCCACCUGGAGCAGUUCGACACGACAUUAUUCCAGAUCAGAACAGCAAGUGCGGAGAUAUUCGCGCCACAUUUGACGGCGACAACAUGAUCCAAAAAACCUCCGCCGGUACUGAAAAAGCAAAACAGAAAUUCAACUUCUCAAUGGUAGCGAUGAACCGAAUUUUUUCAUCAGCCGCUAGAACACACGUUUUUACCAUGGCCGGUCGUCUCAUGUUCUACUUGGCCACCCUUUCUCUUCUUUUCCCAACGGAGUUCUCGAGCUACUCUUUCGCGGACGGAACUCGAAUGGGCCGGCGCGGCAUGUUGAUGGGCCGUACUAGCAACGCGAACGCAGCUGCUAUGGACAGCGAGAACAAUAUCCCGACGCCAAAAGUCAGUGCUGGCGGCGGGCCUUCAGUUCAUCUUGACGAAGAUGAAGACCACGUGCCAAUCCGUGGCCCGCAUAUGCAGCUACUUACGCAGCCCCCUCGGGUGGGAGGGCAAUUAGUACAGCAGGAUCAGCACCAGGCACCGCAGCACCAGCUGGCCGACCUGUACAGCGAAAUUCCCCCGUCACCACCCACGCCGACGCACAACAGCUUUGAUUUUCGUAGUAACGCGUCGAGCGAAGAGCGUUUUCAUGAUGACCACCAUCAGGAGCUUAGACCCACUCCUCGUGAGACCGACGAUCUGCUUGUUGGACGUCCAGCACGCUAUGAGACUUACUCCGGCGGCGCA